AAACAAAUCUGAUAUACCGAUAUAUACAAUAGUGAAGAAUUUUCGAAUGUUUCUUUUUUUGUUUUUUGGUUUUUGUUUUUCUGUUUGUGUUGUUGCUUUUGCUUUUAGUUAAAAUUUCACCCACACACUUGUCCAACCAUGGCAAAAGAAGAACCUAUUAUGGAUGGUCCCAAGCGCCUGCAGAACGAACUCAAAGAGAUGAUGGGUCACACGGUGUUAACUCAAUUCCGAUGCCUCGAAGUGGAACCGGAUAACAUAUAUAAAUGGUAUGCCCUCUUGCUGCCAGUUAGUCCACCCUACGAUAAGGGUGCCUUUAAGCUGGAGAUCGAUUUUCCAAUGCAAUACCCAUUUAAGCCACCUCGUUUGCAUCUCAACACAAAAAUCUAUCAUCCCAAUGUCAAUGAUCGUGGUCAAGUUUGUCUGCCCAUACUGGAGAUUGAGCACUGGAAGCCUACGACGAGAAUUGAGCAUGUGUUGCAGGUGCUUUUAGCCACCAUUAAUGAUCCACAGACGGAGAAUGCCUAUCGCGUUGAUGUGGCCAAUGAAUUUCGCAAUGAUCCCAAGAGAUUCUAUAAAAUGGCCGAAGCUUAUGUCCUGCGAUUCAGUGAGCAUCGACCUACCGAUGCCGAGUUGGCCAAAAUGGCAAAAAAAAAGAAAAAGGCAGCUCAAUAAUAUGUGAAAUAUUUUCAAAUAAAAAAGCAAUGCAAGGCCAAGUGAAGGACCCGAAGGCGGCAGCGGCAAGAAAGAUAUAGAGAGCAAACAUUAUUUUCUAAUUGGCUGGGAAACCCAACUGUGAGGAUAAAUCAUUUGACUGAAGGCCUCAAGCAGUGCGCAACUAGGGUUUUCAAGGGGCUGGCUCUGGCUAGCAUUGUCAUCCGUCCGCCUCAUCAUCAGCAUCCUUCCCAUUCGCGACAUUUGCAAUGCUCUAACAGUAAAUGUGUGUAUCGAUUUUCAUGUCAAGAAAAUCAAAAUUCAAUCUUAGUAACGUUCUGUCGACUAAAUUCAUUACUAAAUUUGAAUGCUAUUCGCUUUUCAGCUUAAUAAAAGUACGUUUUUCUUUUAGAA